AUGGCCUCCGCAACCCGGCUGGCUCAGCUGCUGCGGGCAGCGCUGCAGGCGGAGGAGCUGGGUCUGACGUUGCUGUCCCUUUCCCACAGGGAUGUGGAGGAGCUGCUAGGGCGCGGCGGGGACCCCAACCUGGUACUCCCAGACGGCGCGUCGGCUAUGCACCUUGCGGCCGGGGCGUGGCGCCCGCGCGGCCUCCGUUGUCUCAGGGCACUGCUGCGGCACGGCGGGGACCCCAAUGCCCGCUCGGCUGAGGCGGUGACCCCUCUGCACGUGGCUGCUGCCUGGGGCUGUCGCUGUGGCCUGGAGCUGCUGCUGAUCCACGGAGCGGAUCCCACGCUACGUGACCAGGACGGGCUCUGUGCUCUGGACCUAGCUGAACAGCAGGGACACCAGGAUUGCGCACGCAUCCUGCGAGAGUUGGGGACAAGGACCCGGAAACCCACACCAACCCAAGAGCCUGAGCCCAAGGCCAGUGACCCUAAAGAAAACGGACCAGUCACUGACCUCUCAGAAUCCCCUGAUGUGACCUUGGACUCCACGGUGCUCCAGACCCAUCUGGGCAGAGGUGAUAGUGGGGACAUGGGACCCAGCCUCCCUGUACCCCAGCAAGCUGCUGACCAGGACGGAAGCUUGGAGACCUCCCUGGGGCUUUGGGAUGGCAUCUCAGACACCUUUGUCACCACAGUGGAGGCCUCUGGAGCCGAGGACUCAGCCCUUGACUGUCUCCCCACGGUCCGGUCAUUGCCCCAGACCAUGCAGGGACUUGUGCCUGGUGUCCAGCCCCCACAGAAGGUACCAAGGUCUCUGGGUACAGCAUCAUCAGCGCAUGGCACUAUCAUGGGGAACAGGGAGGAAGAACUCAACACCUGCUUGCAGGCCCUGACUCUGGCCUCUGCAGAUACUAGCAGCACCUCCACUGCCACAUCUGCCUCCUCCACACCCCGCCCAACCCAGAACCUUCCAUGGGAACAGCCACUGGGAUCUCCAGACCUCCACUUCCUGACCGAUGACCAGACAUCCCUGGACAGCGAUGUGGCGGCCCGCUGGCUGACGGAGGACGAGAAGUCUGCAGAUGUCAGGGACCCCAUGCCCAUUUGCUGGUGCCCACCAGUCCCUGCUGUGUCUGACCUGGAACUGCUGCAGCGACUCCAAGCACAUGGAGAACGAGUCAGCCCCAUCACACCUCUCCCCCAGCCACCCUACCUCCAUCGGCCCGAAGCCAAGCCUGGGCCUGGACCAGACUUUGCAGGGCACAGCCCAGAGCUGGCCAAGGCACUGAGGACAGGCCGAAUCCCAGAUGUCCAGGCAGAUGAGGAUGCACUAGCCCAGCAGUUUGAGCGGCCUGACCCCUCCAGGAAGUGGCGGGAGGGAGUUGUGAAGUCUAGCUUCACAUAUCUGCUGCUGGACCCCAGGGAAACUCAGGACCUGCCAGGCAGAGCCUUCUUGCUAACCCCGGUGGAACGCCUCCGGACAUUUGUUCGCGCCAUCUUCUAUGUGGGCAAGGGGACACGAGCCCGCCCAGAUGCCCACCUUUGGGAGGCCCUUGGCCGUCGUAGGUGUGCAGGAAAACAGACCUGCCCCAAGGUGCGCCGCAUUCUGGACAUCUGGGCCAGCGGCCAUGGUGUGGUCUCCUUGCAUUGUUUCCAGCAUGUGGUCGCUGUGGAGGCCUACACAAGGGAGGCAUGUCUCGUGGACGCUCUAGGGGUCCAGAUGCUGACCAACCAGAAACAAGGGCACUGCUAUGGCAUGGUGGCUGACUGGCCCCCCGCCCGGCGUCGGCGUCUCGGAGUGCACCUGCUACACCGCGCUCUCCUUGUCUUCCUGGCUGAGGGAGAGCGAGAACUUCGGCCCCAGGACAUCCAGGCCCGUGGCUGA